GCUGCGCUCCGGCUCCGGCUCGCGCGCCGACGGGGACCCGGGUGUUGGGAGCCGCGCCCCCGGCCAGCGGCCACCUGCUGCUCCUGGCGCCCCGCGCCGCCCGCCACCAUCUCUCCACGUCCCCGGUUCCCUGAGCCCGGAGCGGAAUUCUGAUGGAACCGCCGCGAUGUUGGCGCCCCGGCUCCUGGAUUUCCAGAAGACUAAAUACGCCAGGUUCAUGAACCACCGAGCGCCUGCCCACAAGAGAUACCAGCCCACAGCCUAUGAGCACGCGGCCAACUGUGCCACCCAUGCUCUGUUCCCCGGGUCGCCCCGAAGCCUCAUGCCACGGGCAUCGCGGGGGCUCACAAAACCUUUGCGGGAUGAUCCCUGACUUCUUAAGCGACCCUGCUUUACGGAGGAGACGACGGAGGCCUGGGCUUAGGACUCACCCAGAGUCACAGCAAGCUCCAGCACGCGUCCACACUGCAGCCAGAGGGCAAUGUUCUGGCUCGAAGACCUGCUUUGUGUCAUGUGUAUGUUACCAUGAUAGAAAUCAGAGAAGAUCCGCCUGCGAACCCCAGCUCCACCAUUUAGCAGCUCUGAGCCUCAGUUUCCCCGUCUGCAAAAUGGGCGUCUCACACUCCCCCCUCAUGCCAGCUCUGGAUCAUCCCCAGCAUCCUCGGCAGCUCCAACCUCUACAUCCUCUCGGACGACGACUGGGAGGUGAUCUCCGCCUGGAUCUACGGCUUCGGCCUGUGCGGCCUCUUCGUGGUGUCCACCGUGUUCCACACGAUCGCCUGGAGGAAGAGCCACCUCAGCAGCUGACUUGGGGGUCUCGUUGGGUCUCCCCCAAAUGUGUUCACAUCCUUCUGCUCACCCAGUGGAACCCCUGCCUGGAAAAGGCCGUGAAGCAGGAGGAUGGUGGAGCACUGCCUGCACAUGUCCGACCGGAUGGUCAUCUAUUUCUUCAUCGCCGCCUCCUAUGCACCAUGGCUGAACCUCCGGGAACUGGGCCCCUGGGCCUCCCACAUGCGCUGGCUGGUCUGGAUCAUGGCUUCCGUCGGCACUGUCUAUGUCUUCCUCUUCCACGAGCGGUACAAGCUUGUGGAGCUGCUCUGCUACAUCAUCAUGGGGUUUUUCCCCGCCCUGGUCAUCCUUUCCAUGCCCAACACGGAGGGCGUCUGGGAGCUGGUGGCCGGGGGCGCCUUCUACUGCCUGGGUGUGCCGUUCUUCAAGAGCGACGGCAGGGUCCCCUUCGCCCACGCCAUCUGGCACCUGUUUGUGGCGUGCGGCGCCGGAACCCACUACUACGCCAUCUGGAGAUACCUCUACCUGCCCGACAGCCUUCAGGCCAAGGUGUCCACGUGAGGCGGCACGGAGGGUGCCUGCAGACAUGAGCCCAGAGCCCAGCCCGGGCCCGGCUGCCCGUCCCCGGGUCGAGGUUUCGAUGGGUCCCAGGCUCCUCCUGGGACAGCCAGAGACCAACCCUCUGGUCCUCGGUGAGGAAGACAGCAUUUCGUCAUUCUUUCAGAGAAGACAUUAACCCCGUAAUCCGUUUCUACCUUAGAUGAGUGUUUUGUCCCAUGACCCACGUUAACACCUUUGACAAGGGCGCAGACAUUUGUCCUGGCACACUGGGGACUCAUGGGCCAGUGUUUGGUUCUGAGGGUCCUGAGAAAUCUGUUGCGAGUUUGGCAGUUGUUUAUAACCCCAGCUGGUGAGGGCCUCCUCCUGUGCUAGCAAAGUCCCUGCUGGGGAGCUGACCCCUGUUCCGGGAAAGCCACCCAGCUCGUCGGCCAGGGACGCUGACUCCCCACGUGCCAACUGCCGCGUGUGUGGCCGGAAUUCCGUGCAGCAGCCGUGCCCACUCCAUUGCUCUGGUUCUCAUGACAGACCCCCCUCUGCCUUCCCACCCUGCUCCAAAGUGGGGCCAUGGCCAACGUUACGUCUGGGGGAUGCUCCCGGGUGGGGUGGAUCAGGGCCGGCAGAGGGAGACCGAGGCCCCCCCAGGCAGGCCCCGGGUUCUGCUGCUCCGUGACUGGUCCUCAGUGCUGGGGAGAGGGAGGAGGUGGCGAUGACGAGGUGUGACUUGGCCAUUUCUUCUCAUCCCCCAAAUCCCAGAGAACUCAGGAGAGCCAUUCACAGCCCCUGGCUGGGUGCUUGCUCUCUGCUCUGGGUUUAGGGUUAGUGGUGCCUUGGAAGGCCCAGGGGCCCAAUGGCCAGGCCCCCGGGGCCCAUGCCCACAGCCCCCCCCCCCGAGGGUGGGGCCGGCCCAGCUCCGGGAUCUGACCCGGGAUCUCGGAAUCCCUGGAUAAGGGGUCUGUCUCACAUCAGACGGACCUCAUUCUGCAACUCCCAGCCAAAGCGGGGUGGGCGAGGACAGAUGCCUUAUGCUGAUUUCUAGUACAUUCCAGGGUAUUUUGGGACUCAAGCCGGUGCCACGUCAUUUUGACACAUUCCUCAGACAGAUAGGGUCUGAGUGGGUGGAUGCUUGGGGCUCAGGCUUUAUACUCUUGGAUGUGUGUGUGGGUCUGUGCGUGUGUGUGUGAGUGUGUGCUUGUGUGUGUGUGUGUGUGCACGUGUGAAUGCCCAAGUGUGUACGAGUGUGCACCUGUGUGUGUGGGGGCACACACAGGUGUGUGUAGAUGUGUGCACACAGGUGCAUGUAUAGGUGUGUGCAGGGGUGUGUACGUGUGCAUGCGUGUGUGUGCAUGCUUGUGUGUGUCUGCCCACACAGGCACCCCCAGCCCGGAAGCUGCCGGCCUUUGGUCAGCCAGCUCCUUGCAGCUCACCAAGUACUUCCCGUCAGCUGAGAUCAGGGUUGGAGGUCAGACGGGAGGGCCGGGGG